AUAGGCCUAGCUAGCAGUCAGUAUCUUAACCUAACCCUAACUUAAGUUAUUGCCUAUCUUUAAGAUUAAUUUUAAUUUCAGUGCCUUCGUACGGUUAUAAUUUAAAAUUUUCCUGUGAUUUAGUUGUUUUAGAAAGUACUGUAAUAUACUAUUUCCUGGUGGUUUCAAUGCAAACAUGAUGAAUAUGAUGGAGUUAACUACUGUUGACAUUUCACUUCUGUCUUCUAAGGCAUAGCUUGUCUAGUUAUUAUACUACCUAGGCCUAUAGGCUUAAUUAUUUUAAAACUUGAUUACUGAUUAUCAAGAGGAUUUUUUUUCAAUUAAGAAGUUUAGAAGAUCCCUAUACUCAAAAUGAAGUUUCGGGCUCGAAUGUCAGAGGCUUUCUGCAUGAGAACAUUGUCAACGAUAGUUACUACAAUAUCGAAGUUGACAAAACUGUGUGUGCUGAGGCUAGCAAAGGAGCAUUUUUACUUCAUUGUGUUGGAUGACAGUGCUUUGCCUCUUCGCACCCUUGUCUGGUGUUCCAUGCAACAGUCACAUUUCUUCAAUGAGUACAGAUUGGUCGGCAUGCCAGAAGAUGAGGACGAGAUUUACCUAGAGUUAUCACCAGAUUUACUUGCAUCAUCGCUUUCUUCCCUCAAAGUGAAUGUAAGUGCUGCUAAGACAAUGAAAAUCAAGCUGACUCAUAAAGAUACUCCUCGUCUCACAUUGGAGAUUGAAUUGCCAACUCAGACAAGCCAAUCACGCAUAUGCAUGCAUGAAGUCCCUGUGCAGGUUGUGCCUUAUCGAAGGUGGGGAGACUAUUCUGAACCUGCUGUCUUGGAACCUGACAUAAGCAUAGAGAUGCCUAAUUUGAAGCUACUACGAAACAUCACAGAACGAUUCAAGAAACUGGCUAACUUUGUCAAUGUGUUUGCCGGUGCAGACGGUCAACUAAUGCUCAACGCAGAAACUAGCAUGGCUGCUGUCACAACCCACUUCCGAAAUCUACAGGUCUUCAAUGUGAAAGACAAGAAUGCCGGCCCUUUCUGUACAAGAGUGGAUGUCCGUAAACUGACCAGCUUCAUGACAUGUGAACAAGUUUGCCCUACGAGAGUCACCUGUCAUGUGAAGGCAGGCACAAGCAUUCAAUUGGUAGCCGAACAUGCUGAUAUGAAUCUCAGCUUCUAUCUCGCUGGGGUAGACGAAUAAAUCACCAAACAUCCACCAGAUCUUACUGUGAUAUCUAGCAUUACAUUUUUUUACUCUGAA